UGGUGUUAGGCUCAGCGUUAGUGGACCAUUUGCUUCUAAUAUGCGAUUCUUCUCCGAUUUUCCCUUCCUAUUCUUUUCUCAUAUUCCCUUUUCCAUCUUACAAAUCUCCCAUUUCUUCCUUUUACCAUUGAAUCAAACCAUUUUCUUCUUUUUCCCAAUGCAUUUCCAUAUAUUCCAGCAUUUCGCCAUGGAACACGCCUCUAUCCUUCUCCCCCUGUAAUCUGAAAUACUUGUACUCAGAUUUUGAAUUCCGGCAAUUUCUCCCAGAUGGGAUCGCCUCAAAUUACGGAUUGGGCGUUCGAUUACGGCGUGAUUGAGGACAUUCCUGUCCCCGGUGGUGACCUGCCUUCAUUGGAUCUUCCCUCUUUCACUUUGCCUUCUUGCGGCUUCACUGCCUCCUCCAGGGCAGACUUUGAUGAGCCAAUUGGAGUGGCAGACGAUAUAAAAGAAUCUGGUUCCAGGAAAAGGAUGAGCUCUGGAUCAAAUGUAUUUGAGUCCAAGGCACAUAAAGAGAAAAUGCGGAGAGAUAAACUAAAUGACAGGUUUCUGGAAUUGAAUUCCAUCCUCAAUCAUGGAAGGCCUCCCAAAAUUGACAAGUCUGUUAUUUUGGGUGAUGCAGUUCGAAUGAUUAUGCAGCUAAGGGAUGAGGCUCAGAAGCUGAAGGAGUCUAAUGAGAGUUCUUUGAAGAAGAUUAAUGAAAUGAAGGCUGAAAAGAAUGAACUACGAGACGAAAAACAAAGGCUGAAAGAAGUAAAAGACAGCCUUGAACAGAAAAUGAAGGCCUUCAAUACACAACCAAGCUUCUUGCCUCACCCUCCAGCAAUUCCUGCUGCAUUUUCUUCUCCAAAUCAGGUUGUUGGGGGGAAAUUGGUACCUGUGAUUGGAUAUCCAGGAGUAUCCAUGUGGCAGUUUAUGCCUCCGGGUGCCAUUGAUACAUCGCAAGACCACAUUCUUCGGCCACCAGUCGCCUGAGUCGGCAGAGUUGUUCUGUUAACCGGCUUUACUUUUGCAUGAGAGAAUUCCUAUGUUAAUUUUUAUGUAGGCUGACUCAGUUAUAUUGUCUGUUAGAUUUUCAAGAUUGAAUUGGCUGAAUGUCUGUUUUGUUGAAGAAGUUGCUACUGAUCUAAAUCAACGGAGGAUCUUGUACAAUAACAGUAUUGACCAAUUCUGGAAUCUUAUUUACCUUCAUCUACUCCUGUUUGGGUUUUUGCCUUA